CGAUGCUAGCAGAGCAAAUGCUGGUUCGGAUGCACACAUUGAAUGAAAGUCAGUGUAGCAGGCUGUUGCCACCAGCAACUGAGAAUAUCUGCCCACCGUAAAGUUACCUUACAUUGUACAGGCUGCUGGUGAGACUGUAGCAGGAGAGAUUAUCUCACACAUUGGCACAGGAGAGGAUCAAGGCAUUUGUGGAAGGGGACGGACCGGGCUGUGAGGGGCAAUGCAGCGGGUCACGGCGCAGCUCGUAGCCAGUCUGGUUGCAGCGGUGCUGUCGCUACUGGCAGAUCCGUGCUGGGCGGACGGCGGGGGCCUCAGCCUGGCGGACCGGGUGAUCUGGGCUGUGAAUUCCGGGGGUGAAGCGCAUGUAGACGUGCACGGUAUUCACUUCAAGAAGGACCCAUUGGAAGGGAAACUUGGCAAAGCGUCUGAUUAUGGGUUGCGCCUGCCAAUACUGCGCUCCAGUCCAGAAGACCAGAUUCUGUAUCAGACAGAGCGCUACAAUGAGGAUACUUUUGGAUAUGAUAUCCCCAUUCGCGACGAAGGAGACUAUAUACUAGUAAUGAAGUAUGCUGAAGUUUACUUUGCCCAGUCACAGCAAAAGGUGUUUGACGUCCGUCUAAACGGCCAUGUGGUGGUGAAGGACCUGGACAUCUUUGAGCGUGUGGGCCACAGUACUGCUCAUGAUGAGAUAGUACCCUUCUCUAUUAGACGUGGUAAACUGAGCGUGCAAGGAGAGGUUUCCACUUUCAACGGCAAGCUCACUGCAGAGUUCGUAAAGGGUUAUUAUGACAAUCCCAAGGUCUGCGCUCUCUAUGUAAUGAAGGGGACAUUAGACGAUGUGCCCAAACUUCAGCCGCACCCUGGCUUGGAGAAGCAUGAGGAAGAGGAGGAAGAAGAGGAGGAAACUGAGCCCGGCGAGGAAGGUGGGAAGAAGAAGAUUCCUGCAGGUUCCAAGCCCAGGGUCCAGUCAGGCCCCCGAACACCAAACCCAUACGCCGCAGACAACAGCAGCCUCAUGUUCCCCAUCCUAGUGGCGUUCGGGGUGUUCAUCCCCACACUGUUCUGCCUCUGUCGGCUGUGAGCUACAACUAUCGGUGGAGGGGACGUCAAACAGAGAAGACGGCAAGAGACUAUGGAGGGGGAGAAGGAGGGUAGGGGUUUGGGGGGGUCAUCAGCAGAACAGGUAAAGGCAUAUACACAGGGAGGGAGCUUGGAGAAAAUCUGGACGACAGGACAAAAAGAGACAAUAACUUUUCGGGACGCCACUUCGUGAUGAAGCGAUUGCUGCUGUCCAAUUCUACCGGAAGAAAAAAAGGAGUUGUAGGAAGUGUGUGCUGUUCGCUUCUUCGUGAAUGUGUUUCGCAUCCACCUCUGCUGACACUUUUGAACAAUGUUAAUCAUUUCCACUCGGAGAGCGUGCAGGAUUUACAGAUGCCAGUCUACACGGUUUGUAACCACAUUUCAGCAGCUAAGAGAUGCUCAGGAGGGAUUUGUCUGGGCCUGUUUUAUAAGCUAAAAGCAUUGCUUUUGUACUGGGGGUAGCAAGGAAGCCCACUCUGUUUAACACUCCUCUUCUGCAUCUGGUGACACAUCAAAUUGGAAAUGGUGCUGUUUAGAAAUUGGUUAAAUAGAAUAGGUAAGAGGAAAUACAGUUGGCAUUUGUGGGGCUCCCAUUUUUCCUCUACAUUUGAUGUCUUUCCACUCAGAUCUAGUUGGUCCUUUGUUGACGUGCCAUCAUCAUUGCCAUAAGUUGUUUAAGAAGAAACAGGCGUUGAGCCAGAUCCGCAGUGGGUGGAAUUAUUUGCUGUCUAAAUCAGCCUGCCUUUUUGCAAACAUUUAGGUUGGGUAACACAAAUCUGUAUGGUGAACAUUACCUAUUUUGCAUUUUCCACCAAAUACAGAUUUAGGGCUGUUAAAGGUGAUCAUAAUUUUGUCCUUAAGGGAUUUUGCUUUCAUACGAAAAUCCAUUUUUAACAUUAGAAAGUGAGAACGUGGAACAUGUUAUUUUCCGUAAGGGACACCAGAGUCAAAGUGUAUGCUGUGAAACGCUGUAGCUCAAGUGAGUGGGGUUCUUCAGAUCUCUGUAUUUACUGUGAGCUUUGCCUUUUCUCUGAAGUCAUUUAGUAUGCAUGCUUACCUUUUUUUGUUUCACCAAAGAAUGUAUUUCUUAUUUUCUCAAAGACAAAAAUGGUGGCCUCUUUAAUUUGAUAAAUUGCUUUCAUAAUACUUUUUUUUUUAAGCCUCUUUGGUAAAUGAGUUGACAACAGGUAGAUUAGGACAAACAUUACCCCUUAAUAUCAACAUUUAACUGAUUUGGAGAAAUUGUGUUUUGCCACGUUUUACAUCAGUGUUUUCAAACACAGAUUUCAAAAAGAAUGCUGUGUUGGCUCGGGGCCAUGGACUUCAGUCCUCCAUGUGCUUUGAAAUGGAGAGAACAGGCUGCUGAAGCACCACAUUAAUCUAAUAAACUCUGUGCUCGUCAAUGCACUUGUUUCACACACCCCCAACGUUGCUCUAUGUGGAACCACAAGUUCCUCCCUCUGUAGUCAGACACAAGAAAGCACAACAUCAGUGAAAAGUCAAACGAAAGUGUUUAUUUCGCGUUUUCUGAUCCGUCUUUAAUGUGGACUGUACCAUUUUGUUAAUUCAAUGUCAACUUUUGAGUGCAGUUAAGCUUCUGGUCCUUUAAUUGAUUGAGCAACCUGGGGACAAAAUGUUAACUAUCUUCAACGCCCUUUUUUUUAAUAUGGCCACAUUAUCAGUCCACUUCGUCUGUUUUUUCUCAGCUUUUGAACAAUGAUAUCCUUUUUUUGCUUUCCAUGCUGACUGAAUAGCAGCUUUGUUCUCCAUUUUUAGUGGAGUUGUGUUGUGAACCCUCCUGUUUAUGUAUCUAGUUACCUCCCUUAAGUGCUUAGCUCUACUUCAAGGACGAUUUUGUAACUUUACCUGUUUCACUAAUGCGUCUUAAAUGUCCCCCGACACCCCCUUGCUAGUAUUGCUGUUGCCAUAUGCAGUACUUGAAAAACGGUUAAUAAUUCAGGUGUCGUGGAUCCCUCCUCACUCCUCGAUUCUCCUUCUCAUUUUGAUUGGUGAGCCAGAAGUUGGCGUCAGAGCAUUUUUGGUCUGUUGAUGGCAAUUUUUGAUUAUGUUGUUUUUCUUUCUUUUUAAGUUGUAAACUUAUCUCAUAUUUAAGACAUACAAGCACCUUUUUUUCCUUCUGAAAAGAUGCAAAAAUUUCAUUUAGUUCAGCACCAAAGUCACCGUGUUCUGUUCCUCUACAAGUCUACACAGUUGCGUGUGUAUAUAAGGUACAAAAAUCCCACUUUUUAUCGUGUGACAACCAUUUUGUUCUCAUCACGUUUGAGUUGUUGCUGAGAUGUUAGGUUUUUUUUUUUCCUCUUGAGGAAGACUUUGUGGCCUUUCUUCUGGGGAGAACGGUUGUUGGUACAGAGUUUUAAAAAGAUUUAAUGGGCAGCCAGAUGAACUGACUGUCAGAGAGUCAAAUAAAUGAGAUUUUGUCUGAAAAUAUGGGAUCUUCCAUUCUAUUAUAUAUAAUUUAAAUCGGAGUAGGGCUGAUCUGGAGAUAUUUUAUAAUACGCUUGGAUCUGUAUGUUUGAAUUUUUUCCUCAGGAUCUGUUUUGUUUUGAGUUUUUAAAACUUGAUAUUUUAUUGGUGUGACAUUUUGCACUGCCUCAUGUAUUUUAAAAUCAUGUCAUUUUUUGUGUGUAUGUCUUUGUUGCCUUGAAUUAUUGAAUACAUUGUGCUUUACCAUCAUUCACCUUGCAGUUGCUUUUUUUUUUGGCUUGCAUCAAGUUAGCCUGUUUUUGUUUCCCUCUUCUGUUAAAACACAUUUUACUGGGCUAGAUUUUCAUUCCACGCUAACAGGAGUCUCAGAAGAAAAAUAAUUAUAACUGUAAUUAAGUUUUCUAGGAGCAAAACCAGUCCAAAAAAAUGGUUGAAUAAAAACUGUGUGAAAAUGUUCUCCCAACAGUCUUUUUAGCUCAUCAGCCAUUUUGGGACCUGUUCGUGUUAAAACACCUCACUGUUGAACAAACUAGAGUGGAAUGAAGAUCUACUCUGUUGUAUUCACAGGAGAACCAAAGAAUAGCUGCCGUUACAUCCAGGUUCUCAGUGUCAUUAUGUCGCUAACGGUUCCUCAUUUCCUUUCAACCUAUUUUUUCUCUCAUUGGUAAAGCAGUGAAAUACUCCCUCCCAACUUCUUGAAAAUGUCCUAAAAAAAAAGAAGUAAAUUGAAUUGUAAUUUUGUUUGAGAAGAACAUAUCAAGCCUGUUGCUAUUUCUCCUUUUUUUCCCUCAUUUUAAAAAGCAACUGAACAUGUGAGAUGAUUUUAAACAGAGACAAAUUUGAACAGCAAAACAUCUGCCAACGUGUCAUCGUCCAGGCAGUAGACCACACACACAAUGAGGUCUGACAGCCACGUUCACACAGUGUGAGUCUGUGAGAUAGUGAGUGUGCGCUUAAUGAGUCCUACUGUAUAGAUAUACAUGUGUUGGAUGAAUAAAUGCCCCUCUGUGCGGGCUGUAGGCAGCAGCAGGUGGACUGAGAAAUGUAUCCGAGACACCUGAUCUUACUCUGAUGUGGCAUAUAUCUGCAAAAUCGGAAAUGCUGAUAAAUGCUGUCUCUUUUUAAUAAAUGUGCUAUUUUAUCAGAA